AUGCAGAAGCAUGUCGCCAAAAUGGGCGUCGACGCGUUCGGAGCAGUCCAAGCCCAAAGCCAAUCCUUCAAGUACAUCGUCCCCGACAAGAAGAAGCAUCCUCCUGUUCUGGUCAUGCGUGGUGAGCACGAUGUCCCAAUGGCCACGCGGGAUUUCGAAGAGAUCUUUGAUAUUGCAAAGAGACUGAAUGACAAGAGUGACAAGAUAAUACUUCCGCAUGCCAGACACAAACAUGCACGAGACAUUCCUGAGGAUUUGGCUGAUGUCAUUGAUAGCUGGGUACGGGCUCUGCCAAAGUUCUCGACAUCCGCAGCUGCGUCCAACAAAGGCCGCCGUGGUAAUCAUACCAAAGGAGGCAGACGCAACUGA